UAAUUCAGUAGACUAUUCACGCGUAGAAUGAAAAGUUAUUAACAGUAAUUGAAAACCACCACCACCACAACAACAACACCAGAAGGUUGAAUUAUUGGACCAUUAUGGAUAGUAAAAAGUAUAGACCAGCAUUAGCUGCAUCAUUUGGACCCUCAGAAAAUUUGACAGAAGAUGUAUAUGAAAAAUUAGAGAGUCUUAUCACCAUAUUUAAUGUAUCACCCGAAGAUUUAUUUAUUAGUUGGGAAUCAUAUAAUGUUACAGGAGUUCAACAAGAUUUAGAUUUAACUAUACCAAAUCUUAAUAAAUUUCAAGAAUAUCUUCAAUCUUCAUUAGAAAGUUCUAAACCUACCCCAGGUAUUAAAAGAGUAAGAGAUAUUCAAGGUAAUAAUAAUAAUAUCUUAAAAAGGAAACCAAUAAUGAGACCUAAUGUUUCAAUAAAUUCUUCAAGUCCUCCAGUACCAAGUACUCCAUUGAAAAGGAAACCCUUUGAAGAUUCAACUCCAAAAUUUAAAACUCCUCGAGCUAAUUUUGGAGAAUCAUCUCCAGUAACUUAUGAAACUGCUAAUAAUUCAUUUCAAAGUCCUAAUAAUACUAUUCCACUUAUUGAUAAAUUAUCUGAUCAACAAGAAUCUAAUACUAUUAUAGAAACUUUAAAUCCUCAAAUUAAAGAAUCAAAAGGAUUUAUUCAAUUAGAUGAAGAUUCAACUAUUUCUAUAAAACCAUAUAAAUUAGGAUUAAAUUUCGAUGCUUCUAAAUUUAAAUUUAGAACAAUGGCUAUGAAAUUACUUGAAAGUGCUGAUGUAUUAGAUGAACAAAUUGAUUCAUUUGCUCAAUUAUAUCUGGAUGCACAUAAAUCUGAUGAAGAAUCUACUCAAUUUGGAAAUCCAUGUUUAAGUUCUCAAUUCGAUAUUCUUUGUAGUGGUAGAAUUGUUCCAGAUUCUCCAAUUUAUGAUAAACAAGGUAAUUAUUCAUUAAAUUCUACUUCACUCUUUUUAGAAACUUCUCGUAUGGCAGGUAUUGGUCAAAGAGUUCCUUUAGAUUUAUCAAAUUUAAAAGGUUAUUCACUUUUCCCAGGUCAAAUUGUUAUUUUAAAAGGUAGUAAUCCUACAGGUAGAAGUUUUAUUGUAAAAGAAAUUUUACAAUUACCAGAAUUAGGAGCAGCAGUUACUACUAAACAAGAACUUGAAAAUUAUGAAGAAUUAACAAAUGAUUCUGGAUUAAAAUUAUUAAUUGCUUCAGGACCUUUUUCAAAUAGUCAUACAUUAAAUUAUCAAAAAUUAUCAAAUUUAGUUGAUUCAAUUAAUUCUAAUAUAAAACCUCAUGUUGUUAUCUUAAAUGGACCAUUUAUUGAUCUUAAUAAUAAUCUGGUAAGUUUAGGAGAUAUUGAAAUUCCUGGUGAUAAACAACCACCUCGGAAUUUAGAUGAAGUAUUUAAAAAGGUAAUUACUCCAAUUUUAAAAAGGAUUGAUUCUAGAAUUCAAGUAAUUCUUGUACCGUCAUUAACUGAUUCAUGUAUAAAACAUUGUUCUUAUCCUCAAGAUUCAUUUGAUAGAAAGAAAUUUGGAUUACCUAAGAAUAUUCGAGUUAUUCCUAAUCCUGCUAGUUUUUCAAUUAAUGAAGUAUUAAUUGGGAAUUCUAAUCUUGAUUUAUUUAAAGAUGUUAAAGAAGUAUAUAAAGAUGAUGGGAAAUUAUCAAAUAAUAGAUUUGAAAGAAUUGUUAAUCAUAUAUUUGAACAACGUAGAUAUUAUCCUACAUUUCCUGGAUCAAUAAAGAAAAAAAUAUUUCCAAAUAAAUUAAUUAAUGAUUUACGAGAUGGAUUAAUGAUUGAAGAAUUAUUUGAUACUGAUAUAGGAGGUUCAUCAUUAGAAGUUCCAUAUUUAGGAUUAUCAGAAUUAGGAGAUUCUAUACCCGAUAUACUUAUUAGUACAUCAGAAAUGAAAUCAUUUGUUAAAGUAGUUAAAGGAGUUAUUAUUAUAAAUCCUGGUCAAUAUAUUAGAUCUCAUAAAGAUCCUAUUAAGGAGGAAGGUAGUUAUGUAAUUGUUCAUAUUAAUAGUCCUUCAAUAACAAAUGAAAAUGAUUCGAAUAAUAAUGUUGAACCAGUACAUGGUAGUCCGGACUUAUAUUAUCAUAACGUAUAUAAGAGAUCUAGAGUAGAUAUAUAUAAGAGUUGAUAUAUUAUAGAUAAAUAAAU